GUACGUUGCGCACAGUGCCGAGGUUAGCCUGAGACAAAGAUUCAAGGCAAAGCGGGCGGUGGAGGUCACGCACGAGAGGACGGAGUCCAUCCUGAACACCUUGAUGCCGGUUAUGGUCGUCGAGGACCUGCGGGAUGCUGGUUUCAACCAGGCCUUCCCUUCGCACCUCUAUCGGAAGGCCACCAUCGCCCAAUCAGACCUGUGUGGCUUCACCAAGUUGGCGAGUACACGGAACCCAGAAGAGGUUGUUAGCUUCAUUGGCGAGCUCUUUGGGCUGUUCGACAAACUGACCGACAAGUACGAAGUGUACAAGGUCGAAACGGUGGGCGAUGCGUACAUCGCUGGUCAGGCGGAGGUGCCUUUGACAUUCAAGAACUCGCCCAUGAAUGUCGUUCGCUUUGGCCUGGACAUGGUGCUUGAGACACACAAAUGGUCGCGGCGGAUGAACGAGCAAGUGAGUUGUCGCGUCGGCGUCCACAGCGGGGAAUGCAUCGGCGGCAUCGUCGGCACAGAGAUGCAAAGAUACCAUCUCUUCGGCAAGCUCAUGACGGAGGUUGAGGUGUUGGAAUCCACGGCACCUGAGGGAAGAGUACAGGUCUCCCAGGCAUGCAAGGAUGCUGUGAAGAGGCAGAUGUCUCUGGAAGGCACAUCUGAGAGCCUGGAAAUGUUCGUUUUCGAGGCGCGGGAAGAGCCGAGCCUCCUAACCUCGAAAGGUGAAGAGCACCAGUAUUCGGAG